AUGUAUGCCAACACUGUCAAUGCCCCUGAUCUCAAACCCAGCAGCCUCAAGUUCAUCAACAAGGAAUCCAAGGGGAGUGCUGGCAUCCGCGACGAGGAAGACGUAUUUGUUCAUAAACGGGCCCCAGAUGAGAUCGUCGUAUUUCCAGGAUUUGCGGAGAUCAGGAGCAUCACGAUAGUCCAUACACGAUACGGAUCCAAGGGCAUCAUCUCAGAACUAACCGUGGGGGUUCAAGACCAUCAGCUCGGACAGGAAGCCUGCCAAGUGUGGAAUGAUGUAGACCGAGGUUCUUCCGGCUGCCUUUCGGCCGCCAGACUACUUGCUAACUCGGACUGGGAAAAUUCCUCCGCCGGUUCCUGA